AUGCGAUCUCCACUGGCCAACACAGACCUGUGGUCAUCCAUCGCCUUGCUACUGGCAUCGGCAAGCGCCGUGACCGCAAGUUGCAGUCUCCCAUCAACAUACAGCUGGACAUCAACCGCCGCCCUAGCACAGCCCAAAUCAGGCUGGGCCUCGAUCAAAGACUUCACCAACGUAGUCUACAAUGGCCAGCAUCUCGUCUACGCCUCCGUAGCCGAUACAUCAGGCAACUACCACUCCAUGAACUUUGGACUCUUCUCCGACUGGUCUGGCAUGGCCUCAGCAAGCCAAAACCAAAUGACCAAUUCCGCUGUCGCACCAACCCUGUUCUACUUCUCGCCCAAGUCUAUCUGGGUCCUCGCCUAUCAAUGGGGCUCAACUUCAUUCUCCUACCGCACUUCAAGUGACCCCUCCAAUGCGAAUGGAUGGUCCUCCGAGCAAGCGCUCUUCUCAGGGACCAUCUCCGGCAGCAGCACGGGGGUAAUCGACCAAACCGUCAUCGGCGACUCGCAAAACAUGUACCUCUUCUUCGCCGGGGACAACGGCAAAAUCUACCGCGCCAGCAUGGCCAUCGGCAACUUCCCCGGCUCCUUUGGGACAGCCUCAGAAGUAGUGCUAAGCGAUUCGACCAACAACCUCUUCGAAGCCGUGCAGGUCUACACCGUCUCCGGACAGAACCAGUACCUUAUGAUCGUUGAGGCGAUUGGUUCGAAUGGGCGGUAUUUCCGGUCUUUCACGGCUAGCAGUCUGAGUGGAUCGUGGACUGUCCAGGCUGGUAGUGAGAGUGCGCCGUUCGCGGGCAAGGCGAAUAGUGGUGCGACUUGGACGAACGAUAUAAGUCAUGGUGAUUUGGUGAGGAGUAACCCGGAUCAGACUAUGACUAUUGAUGCGUGUAAUUUGCAGUUCUUGUAUCAGGGGCGGGAUCCAAGUUCGAGUGCCUCUUACAAUCUUUUGCCUUAUCGGCCGGGUCUGUUGACGCUGAAGCAGUGA